AUGCAGGUUCCAUUGCUUCGCCUCCAAUGUGGAGUCAACAGCUACGACUGGGGCAAGGUCGGCCACGAGUCAGCGGCCGCAAGAUACGCGGCCACCACAGCAGCCCCGGAUUUUGCCAUCGAGACCGAAAGGCCAUAUGCUGAACUCUGGAUGGGCACGCAUCCGUCCCUCCCGUCGAAAGAUGUCGAAACCCAACGCACCCUCCUCGAUCUCGUGCAAGAUAACCAGGCGCUGCUGUCGCCGGAAAUUAGCGAGCGAUAUGGCGGCAAGCUCCCGUUCCUCUUCAAAGUGCUCUCCAUCCGCAAAGCACUGAGCAUCCAGGCACACCCCAACAAGAAGCUGGCGGAAAAGCUUCAUGCGAAGGACCCUCAAAACUACCCUGAUGACAACCACAAGCCCGAAAUGACCCUCGCCAUUACGCCCUUUGAAGGACUGUGCGGUUUCCGUCCGUUGGCAGAGCUCACACACUUCCUCCAGGCCGUGGAGCCUCUUCGCAAACUGGUUGGAAUUCAAACGGCGAAUGAAUUUGAACAAAUCGUCAAGGGAAGCGAGGAUUCGGAGGAUCCAGAGGUUCUGCAGAGGAACAAAGAUGCGCUGCGGUCGAUUUUCACAUCGCUCAUGGAAUCUUCCGCGGAGGAUAUCGAGGCGGCUGCCAAUGACCUGAUUGCUGCGGCAGAGAAUACCCCGGCAAGCUUUGCCACUUUGCCCGGAGAAGUGGACACAAAUCCCAGCAACCCGGCCGAGCUGGCUGCGAUUGUGAGACGAUUGAACGGGGAAUUCCCGCGCGACAUUGGACUGUUCGUCUUCUUCUUCCUCAACUUCGUCACGCUCGAGCCGGGUGAGGCGAUGUUCCUGAAGGCCGACGAUAUUCAUGCAUAUAUCUCUGGCGACAUUAUCGAGUGCAUGGCGUCAUCCGACAACGUUGUGCGCGCGGGCUUCACGCCCAAGUUCAAGGACGUGGACACACUGACGCAUAUGCUGACUUACUCGUAUGCGCCUAUUGAGGAGCAGAAGCUCGAGCCUACGGACUAUCCCUAUGUUAUUUUGAAUGCGACCGCUUACUCCAGCGCCUCGUCGUCGGUGCUGUAUGAUCCCCCGAUCGAGGAGUUCAGCGUGGUCAAAACAGACCUCAACCGGACGAGAGCCAAGGCGACCUUUGAUCCGCUCGCGGGCCCCAGCAUUCUGAUCUGUACCCGCGGCCAGGGCAAAAUCACCGUCGGCCAUAAGACGGAGGAAGUCCGUGAAGGUUAUGUCUUCUUCGUGGGGGCAACUGCGGAGUGUGUGAUUGAAAACACGGGCAGUGGGGACGGCGAGGAGAAUAUUUUCACGACAUUCAAGGCUUCCUGUGAGCUGACCGGUAAGGAGGAUAUGGUCAAUGGGCAUUAG